CAUGGGUCCAUCGUCGUCGUCUCCACCACAGGUUAUCUGAAGCGCAAUGUCACCACAACAAGGUUGCUCUAUCCACUCACCAGCGGCUUGGUCUUGUACACCGCACCUCUCUCGGUUACAAACCGUCUCCAUAAUCCAGCACUACGGGGUUACAGCUGCGAGAAAUCGCCAAUUGCGUUUGUUGAUGCUGCUGUCGUAGUAAUGUGGGCGUCGAAUGCCUCGAUGGCUCUCGUCACUUGCCCUAGCCGAGCUGCUUGUGCCUGCACCUCCUCUCCGUCCAUCUCAUUUUUCUCGCAGUCGAAUUCUUACUCUUCAACCGAGUCUCUCAUUGUAAGGCGUGCCUCAUGGCGACGCGCUGGUAUUGCAGGCCCUGCGAGGGUAUUGCGCGUCAUGGCUACCGCAGAUUUGGAGAAGAGUGGGGCAGGAGCUGUAGAGGCGGAGGAGCCUGUCAAGAUUGAUCGGAAAACUGCAGACUGGCAGAAAGCGCAGAAGGUAAUGGAAGACGGAACUAUUCACCGGGGUCGUGUAGAUGCAUGUAACAGCGGCGGAUUACUGGUCCGCUUUGGCUCCCUUCAAGGCUUCUUGCCUUUCUCACAGAUGGACAGUGGCCGCAUACCGAAAGAUGGUAGCAAAGCACUCGCCGAGAUUGCCAAGGAGUUGGUUGGUGAUCUUGUCUCCGUGAAGAUGAUAGAGGUGAAUGAAUCAGAACGACGAUUGAUUUUUUCGGAGAGACAAGCUGUAUUGGAGGAAAACCUGCGUUUGGUUGAGGAAGGUUCGGUUUAUAAUGGCAAGGUCAAUUCUGUAACAGACUUUGGCGCGUUUGUUGAUCUUGCACUACCAGAUGGUACAUCAUCGGUGAGUGGACUUGUACACAUUUCAGAGCUCUCUUGGGAUCCUGUCCGUAAUCCACGCGAUCUUUUAGAAGAAGGGCAGAUGGUUCGUGUCAAGGUUAUACAACUGGACAAGGAAAGAAAGCGAUUGGCUCUAUCUAUCAAACAGUUGGAGACUGAUCCCCUUCUAGAAACUCUUGAUACACUGAUGCCCGUGCAGACUCAAGUAGCAUCGGAGCCAAUAGAGCAAGACGCUGAACUCAUAGGAACAUCAUUGCCAGGGCUGGAGCAGAUUUGUGAGGAACUGUUGAAUGAAGAAGGAAUCACGGGUGUUACACUCGGCAGAACUAGAUUGGAGAAGCGUGUAGUGUCUCAGGAUUUGGAAUUGUGGUUAGCCAAUGCACCUGUCGAAGGCGGUAAAUUCAGUCUCUUAGCUCGUGCAGGAAGACAGGUGCAAGAGGUACAAUUGAACACGAGUCUCGACCGGGAAGGGAUUAAGGAAGCUGUGCAGCGCGUGAUAGGGAGGGUUCCUUGAGACUUUAUUUAAAGGUAGUAUUCUAGAGUAAAAUUCAGAUCUAAACAUUGGGUUGCAACGUUGUGGAUUUUAGCAAAUUGCAUCUUUUGUAGCCUUCGCUCGACUGUCCCCCAUCUUCAAUCCACAUAAUUCUGAGGAUUGAUGGCUUUUCCAAUUUGAGUUGCAAGUGAGCGGUGAGUUUAAGAUAGAUCCCCUCAGGGGCCACUAUUUUCAGGUGCGCAACAGAAUUGUCAUCAUAAUCCUGAUUUAGUCAAGUUGCUGACUUGGUUAGCGUGUGCUUUAGCCCCUGGGUAAGUUGAUAUUGUGGCCCUGCAUACCUCAUGUCAGAUGUAACAAAGCUUAAUGAAGUGGUUGAUCCUUGAAAUUAAGUUUUAUGAGUUGCCAGA